GGCUGACAUAUCUCAUAAGAGGGACUUCAUAUUUAACCUAAUGCGCUGAGAUCUUCCUUUCUCUCUUUUCUUCUCUGUGACAGCAGCGCCAUCCGCUAGGGUUUCUGAUAUUAUUGAAGCUCACACAAAAUGGUUCUCCAAAACGACAUCGAUUUACUGAAUCCUCCAGCUGAGCUUGAGAAGAGGAAGCACAAGCUCAAGCGUCUCGUGCAAUCUCCCAACUCAUUUUUCAUGGAUGUUAAGUGUCAAGGUUGCUUCAUCAUAACAACUGUGUUCAGUCACUCGCAAACUGUCGUAGUGUGUGGCAACUGCCAGACCGUGUUAUGCCAGCCUACUGGCGGCCGUGCAAGGCUUACUGAGGGCUGCUCUUUCAGGAGAAAGGGCGAUUGAUUUUAAUUGUGUUAGUAGAGGAUUGCUAUGGGAGCUCUCUUGUUGAUUUUGUUUUGAGAUUCGUCUUUCGCUUCUCACUUUGAAUUUUGUUAGUGACCGACCUGAGUUACUGUCUUCACUGUUUUCGGUUUGUUUGAAUUGCUCUGAUGAAAUAUUGGUUCAUUUAGAAAUUCAGUUUAUAUUCUAGCCUGUGGGCUAAUUAGUUUUUAA